GCUGAUCUUCAAAGAAAAAAGCAAUGGGUUGACUGUUGACCUCAAGCGCAGGCUCGCUGCAGCCACCACGCCAGCAGAGGUCGAUGAAUUAGACGCACGAAGCAGCCCGUAGCGCAGGACUCCACAGACCGCCACACCGCUCGCUGCUCGCAUCGCCGGACGCCGCAGGCCCGCUCGCAGCUCGCAAGUUCCGCCGCGCACAUCGCCGGAGGCCGCACGCCCUGACGCCCCCUUUCUGGAACUGUGCCGCUGGGCCGCUCAUGUUCGCUUCUUCUCUCGAUUGAGUUUAUAGUCGGCCCCCUGAACUUCCGUUGUGGCUACGCCCCUGAUUGGAGUGUAUGCCCUUGCUUUUGUGUACAAAUAUUCAGUGUGUUGUGGAAUUACGCUAAGAUCAGGGGCAUGUUGUGCUUCAUCAGUAAAACCGUCAUGAUUACAGUAGGGAAAUGGUGUUAUGAACCUCUUUUAGAGGCAUAGGAAAUGUCUUGUAGUAUGGGUCUGUCAUCUACUCCCCUCACCAAGUAUGGCUUAUUAGCUCCAUUUAAAAGAACCGCUCGUGGUAGACAUACGACACCUGUUUCAAGAUCUCCAUCCAGCCUAAUGGUUCGAGCUGUUCAAGAGAAUGAAGGGCCUAGACGUUUAGUAGACAUCAUCCGUCUUCUUCCUGAUGUGUCCAAGAAUUACUUUAGGAGUCCUUCCCGGAGAGCGCUUUUUGGGGGUAUAUCUUUGCUGGGAGGUUUUUACGUGGCCCAGACAAUCUCACUGUCGUUUGGAGCUUUAGGGGUAAAUGAUGUGAUAGCUGCUGUGGUUUGUGUUCUCAUCACGGAGUAUGUGACACGGUUCUACUAUAGUCAGCCUAAGGUGACUUUCCCGGUGGCCCUUUUGAACAAUUUUAAGAUGGGGUUUACUUAUGGUCUCUUCAUAGACGCUUUCAAACUCGCCAGUUGAGUUGAUCUUUCUAUGCUCCUCUCAAAUGAUGGACGUGAUUUUACGUGUAAGCUCAUACUUGUCAUUUGUUAUUACUGUAAUACCUAUUGGGCAGGUCUUGUUAUUUGUAUGCAUUGAUUAUAAAGUCCUUGUUCAGUUUUUUGUGUUUUAAUCUACUGUACUUUUAGAACAUGUGCAUGACAUAUGGUAUGGUCCGUAUGGACAUGCCGAAGCUACGACCAUCCAACUCGGGGAGGUGUCAGUUUACGACUGCAUUUGAGCUAUCGGGAUAGAGCACAAUUGAUGCUAUAUACGGAGUACCAUUUAGAAUUUGUAUACUUAUUACUAGACUAGAUCUCAUUAACUUCUUAUAUGAAAAUGAUUAAAAUGAGUUUGACAUGAUGCUAAAAUGACUUUAUUGUCUAGAACAAAUGUGUAUUUGCAGAAUAGUUAUUGGUAUCGU